AUGGUAUGGACAAGACCACCGAGCCCGCCCAUUCCUACAGUUUGGCAUACCUUCAAGGCGAAGGAUGUCGACAGUGAUCGUCUGGUUACAUAUCGCGUUCAGGAUCUGACCGAGGAUCGCUACGAGGACAUGAUUCAACAUUUUCUGAACCACUUUAUAGAGGAAGAACCGUGUUCCGUGAGCAAAGGAACUUCAAAGAAUGCAACACUACGAGAAGCCACGAUUCAGCUCUGGAGGAAGGGUUUGGAGGAAAAGAUGACUCUCGUUUGCUACCGGGAAGGAUCGGAUGAAAUUGUUGGAGCGAAUAUUCUGCUCGUGAAAAGCUUGGAUGAAGAUUACGAUGGUGAUACUUUACCGUAUGACGAGCAAGGCGAUUUACGGGCAAUUCUUGAGUAUGUAUCGAAUCAAUUCGACGUCUUCAAGCAUUAUGGUGUAGAUCACCGGAUGAUCGCUUAUGGUCUGACCGUGAAUAAGCGCUACCGUGGUCGGGGAAUUGCCACAGAGAUUAUAAAGGCACGAGUGCCGAUGUGUAAGGCGCUCGGGAUUAAGCUGGCGGCACACCCAUUCUCCGCAAUCGGAUCACAGAGAGCGGCCAUCAAUGCGGGAUACAGGACAGACUAUGAGAUAACAUAUGACGAGCUUGCCGCUAUGGGACCUAAAUACGCAUUACCCGGCGUACAGUCGAAGAGUUUUAAGCUGAUGAGUUAUUCGAUGGAAUGAUGUGGGGAAAGGCUGACACUAUUUGAGUGAAAAAAGGUUUUGACUAAACUGUGAAGUAAUUUUACUGGUCAAAAUUUGUACAACACGAAAUCUCAG